AUGUCGUCUUCGAUCAUAUUGCCUGCGUCAGCCACCUUGGCCAUGACUAAACUUUACCCGCCUCGUACGUUCAAUAGUCUCGACGAUUGCAAGACAGAGAUCUCGGCCCUCUGGGCUCGCCUGAGAGAGAGAGAUGUCAAUCAGGUCCUAUCCUACAAGCAUGUACGACCAAGUGCGUUUGUUUACCUGGAAAAACAUCGCUGCCAGCUGGGGACGUCUGUCAGGUUCACAUACCAUGAGGAUAUUGAAACACUUUUGAUAAAGAUCCCCCUGGAACCACACGAGGGAGCUCAGCGGAGCAUAGCGGAGGACACGGCAACCAUGUUGAGUAACAUGGGUGUUGAACGCGAUGAGCGUUGGCCUACGGGUGCUGCAACGUACAAGAUAUCCCCAACUUCCGAAUCGGCUAAAGAAGGAGACAGCACGUACAGGAAUCGCAUCCUGAGACCUAAUGAAGGAGACUGGCCCCACUGGGCGAUUGAAUCCGGGGUAUCCGAGUCGUUACCGCACCUGCGUAUGGCUGUGGAUUGGUGGAUAGGCAAAUCAAGGGGGCGCAUUGGCCUGGUUCUGCUUCUGGAUAUUUCACGGGCCAGAAAACUUAUCACCAUCGAAAAAUACGUUGCGUAUGCCCGGCAAGGUCCGAGAACGAGAGCGCAAGCGGCCGGUGCUGUUCAUGUUCGUCGGUGCGUUUCCACCAUCGUCGUCAAUCUGAAGGCCAACCCUCCUUCCGUCCAGGGUGCCCCGCUGAUUUUGGAGUUCAAGAAAAUUGUCGGACGGCCUGCCGUUAAUCAAGAGCGGGAUGUGGUUUUUGAUUCUGCUGCGCUGCUGGCAAUAGCGAGGGGAGUUUUUCGAGGAAUGUCUUAG